AUGCCAGGGACGACCCACGUGAACCCGUGGAAGCGCUGCGAACUGCCGAUCCUAGGCAUCGCCAAGAACGGUGCGUCGACCUGCCAAGCAUGUCGCGACGCGAUUCAGACCGGAAGCAUCCGUGUCGGCAUCAUCUUCCACCACGUGAAUGGCAACAUUGGCAUCGACUGGCACCACUUGACGUGCUGCGAGACACCUGCGACAUUGCCUGAAGUCGAAGGCUAUGAACUGCUGGGAGACCACGACAAGGAAGUGUUGCAUCACUGGAUCCAAUCCUGUGUCUGA